AUGCAGGAGUAUGAGCCUCCCGUCGCUGCUUCCAUUCACCAAGCUCGCACCCCGCUCGAGUGGCUGAGUAGCAACAACUACAACCAUAGACCUGUCAACAGCAUUCCCAUGUCCGUCCUCGAUCAAUUCAUAGCAGACAAACCCAAGGCUGCACUCAUCGCGCUGGUACGCAACUCGGAAGAGGCGGGCAUGGUCCAUUCCAUCCUGCAAGUCGAGGCAAGAUUUAACAAUCGCAAGACCCACCGCUACGACUGGGUCCUGUUCAACAACGAGCCUUUCACGGCCUCUUUCAUGGCAGCUGUGGGCAACGCCACCACGUCUCGGAUUUUCUUCGAGCAAAUCGGACAAGAACACUGGCAGGUCCCUAGCUGGGUUAACCCCUCACGUUAUGAGGUUGGCCGUGAGUUCCAAGGCGGCAUUGGCGUUGGCAAAGCCUGGCUCAAGAGCUACCAUUUGAUGUGCCGCUGGUACUCUGGUCUGUUUGCACUUGAAAGCCGUCUGAAGAGCUAUGACUGGUACUGGCGUGUUGAGCCUGAUGUCCAGUACACCUGCAAUAUCAAUUACGACGUCUUCCGAUUCAUGCGUGACAACAACAUAGCCUAUGGCUUCAACAUGGCCAUCCUAGAUGACGCGAGGUCCUUCCCCUCCCUGUGGGAGCGGACGCAGACAUUCAAGAGGCAAAAUCCUCACAUGGUGAAUCAGGAAGCCGAUAUGCGAUGGCUCCUGCACAACACACAUGAGCCUGGCAGCAUCGUCCGCUCUGGCCCCGGUUACCAGCCCGUCAUCGACGGCGAGUACAACAACUGCCAGUUUUAUUCCAACUUUGAGAUUGGGUCACUCAACUUCUUCCGCAGCAAGGAGCACCAAUCCUACUUUCAACAUCUCGAUCGAUCUGGGAGCUUCUUCUAUGAGCGAUACGGCGAUGCUCCAGUCCAUACCCUUAGCGUCGGCAUGUUCCUGCCCAAGCGGCGUGUCUGGUUCUUCCGUGACAUCGGCUACUCCCAUGGCCUAUGCGAGAAUUGCCCGCCUCACGCUAUGCCUGGCUUGGCAUGCGGUUGCACCACCACCAACCUGGACAACGGCUUUUCCAAACUUGUCCCGUACGAGUCGAAGCAGGUCAAGCCGCUGCACAGCUGUAUCCGACUGUGGCUGGAUGGCGACUACUUGAGGAAGGGGGGUGAUGACUACCUCAUUGAUGUGUAG